AUGGAUGAGUUUGGCACUUCCAAUGAAUACCAGGAAGAACCAAUGGAUUUAAGCCUUCCUAACCGAUACCGGCAACAGCUAAUUGGGUUGACCAUUUCCAACAAAUACAAGCAAGAACCAGUCGAUGAAUCCAAUUCAAACACUUCUGGUGAAUACCAGCAAGAACCAAUGAAUUCAAGUAUUUCCAGCCGAAUCCAACAACAACCAAUUGAUCAACUCAGUCCGAGCACUUCCAAUCAAGACCGGCAGAACCCGAUUGAUGAGGCUGGUUCAGUUACUUCCGACCAAACUCAGCGGCAACCAAUAGAUAUGGUUGAUCCAAGCACUUCCAGCCAAACCCAACAACAACCAAUGAUCCAUGGCAGGUCUUCAAAUACUGUCACAAAUCAAGUGACUGGAUUAAGCCAAAAAUAUCAGAAAACCUUUGAUCGUAUAAAGAAAAAACUUGUAGCGUUUAAAACGAUACGAAAGGAAAAACACAAAAGAUAUCGUGAAUAUGCAGACCUCAAAUUCAGUCAGCAGUUAAGAAUAGCAAUGGGAAAAGAGAUAUCUGAACCAAUGCACAAUCCAGACGAUGAAAUACGAUUGAAACAAGAGUAUGAAAAGGCAGGAACAAAAAUACGCAGUAUCAGACAAGAAUUGAAAAGGUUUAUGAAAAGGCGUGGUUUGAAAUUUGAAGAACCGGACUCGGAUUAA